AUGGGUCAAUCCAACCCUGAAACUCGACUUUUUAUCGAUGGACAGUUUGUGGUUGGGAAACGACACAAAACUUUCAAGAUUCAUAACCCUUACACCGACCGAGAGAUAUGCGAGGUCCAUGAAGCGCUCGAAGAGGACGUUGAUCUUGCCGUGGAUGCGGCGUGCAAAGCGUUCCCAGGAUGGAGUGCCCUUGCAGCCCACGAGCGAGCAGCCUACCUCUUUAAAUUAGCCACGCUCAUUCAGCGCGAUGCGCAGGAGCUUGCUGCGCUCGACUCGGCUUGUAUGGGCAAACCGUUGGAAUUACUCAAGAAAAUGGACAUUCCUGCUUGCGUCGGAGUCUUUAACUAUUUCGCCGGUUGCGCAAAUCACAUCCUGGGCGAGUCGAGUCUCGAGUCGCCGAACUUCCUCAAUGUUACUGUUCGACAACCGUAUGGCGUCGUCGGGCUAAUUAUACCGUGGAAUGUCCCUAUGAUCAUGUUUGCUUUUAAGGUCGCGCCGGCUCUAAUCUGCGGGAACACCGUGGUGCUGAAAUCGUCGGAAAAGGCGCCACUAAGUUCAUUGAAGCUGGCCUCUCUAAUCCAGGAGUGUGGAUUUCCUCGAGGCGUUGUGAACAUCAUCAGUGGUUUUGGAACACCGACGGGAAGCGCGCUCUCACUUCAUAUGAAGAUUCGGAAGAUCUCCUUUACCGGGUCGGUUGCAACGGGCCGAAAAAUUCUGAAAAUGGCGGCCGACUCGAACCUCAAGAACGUUUCUCUCGAACUUGGUGGUAAGUCACCUGCAAUCAUAUUCGAAGACGCCGAUCUCGAUGCCGCGGCCAGGUAUACACACUUCGCCAUUAAUCACAACAGCGGCCAACAUUGUCAGGCGAAUAGCAGAGUACUUGUCCAUGAAUCCGUGGCCGAUCAGUAUAUUGAAAAGCUGCAAAAUCUCAUGUCGAAAGUCAGCCUGGGGGAUCCGUCUGAUCCAGCCACUUUCCAGGGACCUCAGGUGGAUAUGAAGCAACUGGCUCACAUUCAGAGGCUUAUCGCCGCCGGUGAAGCGGAUGGGACUCUUGUUCGUGGUGGACGGCGACAUGGCACUGCAGGCUCCUUCAUAGAGCCAACCAUUCUGAAGAAUGUUCCACAGUCUUCUCUCGCGUACACAGAGGAGAUCUUCGGCCCUGUCAUCAUUGUUAACACUUUCCAAGACGAAUCGCAAGCGCUUGCCGAGGCGAACAAUGUCGAAUUUGGACUCUUCUCAUCCGUCUAUACUAGAGAUUUCGAGAGAGCGCUCCGGGUUUCCAAAGCCCUUGAGGCUGGUGCUGUGGGCGUCAACUGCUCAGUACCAGUCAGAGCUGUGGAUAUGCCGGUCGGCGGAUGGAAACAAUCUGGCAUAGGAAGGGAGCUUUCUCUUCAUGGGACCCCUUCUCAUCUCGAGUUGCGGUUAAGUGCCAUGGAAGAGACGCUCCGAUUGCUCACUUCGAAGUCUAAUACAGGCGGCAAAACUACCGACAGCGACGCCCUGCUCCCACGUACCCAGGGUCUCAUAUCGCCGCAAAAUAGUGGCAACGCCUCUUGGGAGCCUGAUCGCGACUUGAUGGCCGCCCCGUCCGAUUCAAGUCUCUCCUCCUCCACCAUUGGGAUUUGGACGCUAAUUUCAGAAGGUCCUUCCUCAAAUUCUGCUUUUUUUGCAGAUAUUGAUGCUUCCUUGCGGCGGUUACGUCCACUUGCAACUCAACCUUCUACAGCGAAUGCAACCCACGGUUUCCACGACACAUCUUUCUCGCGACCGCCUUCAGUGAACCGACACCGAAGAGCCGACGGCAUUUGUCUAGAAGAUGCGAAUUGCUUUCUGCUACCGCCGCGGGCGACAGUGCUUCGGUAUAUUGACACAUUCUUCUCGGGGUUUGGGAUGCUAUUUCCAUAUCUCUCUCCAAAGGACUUUCGAGAUGCCUUCACCAAAGCGGGGAAUUCUACUUUGUCAGGUGUGAGGCGCUCAUGGCUGUGCCUUCUUAAUACCAUGAUGGCCUUUGCCACCAGUGAAGCUGUUAGCUUCCCGCAAGAAAAGACCGACGCGGAAAUGUUUCUCCAGAGAGCCUUGAAGCUGCUUCCCGACAUUGCUCUCCAGCCUGCCAAUCUCGAAACUCUUCAGGCGCUGUUAUUGAUGCUCCAAUUUUUACAGGGCACGCAGCACUCUGCACGCACUUGGACCGUUCAAGGGCUCUGUACCCAAGCCGCCUUUCAGAUCGGCCUGCAUUCGCCAUCAGAACGCACCAAACAUAAUCCACGGGAGCAAGAGAUUAUGAAAAGGUGCUGGCACAUGUGCUACAUUAUGGACAAGACAUGCUCAAUGACGUUUGGACGGCCACAAACCAUUCCAGAAGAGCUUCAAAGGAUCAGUUUGCCAGUCGACGUCGAUUUGGAUGUAUUGGAUGACGGAGAUUCUCCGUCUCAGUCGUCCAUGCAUAUGCGAAAAUCCUCGUCCGUUGCCGCAUUCAUCGAAUCGGUGAAGAUCUACGCGAUUGUGGGGAAGAUAUUGGAAAGGGUAUAUCAGAACAACGUCAAGACAGAAGAACGACCUCCGAACUCAUUCCUGUUCAACCAAAUCAUGUCACUUGAGGUAGAAUUGGCACGAUGGAAGUCUGCCAUACCCUCUCCUCUGCGCGUCCUUUCCCAGGACGAGGUUCGAUUGGCGGCAGCCAAUCGAAACUCUGCUGAUGACAUUGCGUUCAGCCUUAUUCUCACAUUAAGGUAUCUCCAUACGCGGCUGUUGCUGCAUCGGCCGAUGGCCACCUCCUUCCUCGGACUGGACGUUUUAGAUGAUGGACAUGGGAAGAAGGAUGAUUUCCUCCAACAGUUUGGCCAAUCUAGCCUGGAGUGUUGCCUCAGUUCCGCGCUCGAGAUGAUUGCUCUCUUGUCCGUAGCUUCUGAUCAGAGGUAUCAGUUCCGCCCGUCGACAACAUGGUGGUUUCAAAUCUACUACGCUUUCAGCUCAGCCCUGGUGGUGUUUGCCGUCAUCGUGAUCAACCGCAGAUAUGGAAUGCAGAUAUCUGGUUUGGAGAAUAGAAUCUUGCUCAGCAACAUUCAAGACACGGUCAAAAUCCUUGAAACACUUGGACCUGGUUCUGAUAUUGGCAAUCGUUGCCGCCGGUAUCUGGGGAAAGUCCACCAGUGCUCUUUGCUGCUUCUGAACGACGCAGCUGAUCAUGGGUCUCUUAACAAUCUGGGCACUGUCACUGCCCAUGGGCUUUCUGAGCUUGACUUUUUUGAUCUGUCUCCGUCAGACUGGAUGAAUGGACAAUUUGUUGCUGAAGCGGACCUGGGAAACUUCUUACAGCCUCCUAUCAACAGCAGACGGACCUGGCUCUGAUGAAUUACAGAAGAAUGUGGAUGUGGACCAUCAGUCUCGCUUCCAUGAGUAUAAUGGUUUGCAGAUCUAGUAGAUUUGCUGACUUGAAAAUCCUAAUCGCAUUACGGUAGCCGAUGUCUUUCCAUGUCUCAUCGGAAACGGGCACGGAUUCGAACCACGACCUCAUCUCGGCCACGCUCUCAUAAGGAUAGUCGAC